GCAUCCGUAUUUGUCACCCUCUCCAUCCCUGCUUCUUUUCGCUAUAAAAAUGGCGUCCUUCUUCUAUACGGAGACGUGCGUCUCUUUGUUUAAUAAACAGAUCCCUAGCUAUCUCAUUGAAAUGGGAUUUCUCAUGUUGUUAAUAUGGGCUUGUUCAGUACUGUGUGUCAGUAGAAUAAAGAAGACGUAUUUUACUCUUUUACGUUUGAAGAAAGAUCCCUUCUCGCAUAUUAUAGAACUCUUCGUUAAAGAUCAAGACUUUUGGGAAAAAUUAUCAUUAUCAACCAUGCCAUUGAUUAAUCAACGAUUAGAAUUCCUGAAGAGCCGAUUGUUUGAUGAGGAAAUGAUAAAGAAACUGAGACAUAUAUUUGAGGAGCGACAAAACCAAGUACCAAAUGGUGAUACCAUCGCUCCUCCUAGAAUUCGGGACGAAGAGGAAACAUUCACUGAAGAAUUUGAUGAAAUGGACAUGUAUCAUUAUAUUUUAUCCGAAGCCUUCGUAUUUAUGGCGGUGCGCAAUUGUCCAUUUCGAUACAAAACGAUAAGGAAGCUGCCGACUAUAAGCACUCUCAUUCAAAGGCGUUGGUCUGCAGUAACUGAGAAGCAGAUAUUUCACAUAAUGUGUAUUUAUGCUGCAUUGGAGUUUAAAGCUGGUGAUUUCAAAAUGAAGAAAGGCAAACCGCCAUUAUUACGUACAGUAAUGUGUGCUUAUUGUUUAGCCGUGAUGGAAAACAGAAAAAAAUACUGGAUGAUGUAUGGAAGAAGUGAAUCUGAACUAUUUAAGGAAUCAUUUGAAGAUAAAAUAAAAGAUUGCUGCAAACAUCUUGAGGAUUUGCUUGUCGAAUACCGGGAGCAAACAUUUAAGAUAUCCAAAGUGUUGCUUAAAUACGGACCACUGAAAGAAGAUACAGUGGAUGAAAUAUUUCGGCAUUCUGUAAUUUCUAAAACAGAUGGCUGCGUUGAUCUCGAAGAAAAAAGUGUUUCGGACGUAAAACAAUGUGUUAAAAAACCAGCUUUCAGUUCUUACUAUGUAAAAAUUUCGAUUUUGGUUUUAAUAUUCACUUUUUUGAAUAUCUUUUUCAAAGAUAAUACUUAUUUUCAAGUUUCCUUCCAAUGUUUUGAAAAAUUUCAGCGAUUUUAUGAGGAAGAUUGCAGAUGGUUUGGCUUUUUAUCGGUAUUAGAUUUUUUCCCGUGUAUUUUUUAUGGCUAUAUGGCCGAUUGGCGAAGCUUAGGAAUUAAGCGUAUGGGUAACUUCAUAGUUUUUCGUGCCAAAGAAGUUUCGUUUUUCUCUUUUAAAAAUCUGGUUCGUUUGUCUCGGAAUGGGAUAUCUCAUUUUGUAAAUGCGAUGAAAUAUAUAUUUCGAGGAAGGAGAUCUGAUUUGUAAUAUUUGAUUAAAAAAAAUGAUUUCUAUAUGCAAGGUGUUCCAAAUAAACUGAAAAGUAUACUGAAACUUUGAAUUUAUUAUGACAACCUUGACUUUCAUCAAAAUAAUCUAUUGCGUCUCAACGAAGUCACUGGAAAAUAACAUAGAGUAAAAAAAAAAUUCCUUAGUUUUUCUUAAUAAAAAAAAUAAGUUUAACAAAAUUAAAAUUUAAUAAGUAGCAAAAGAAAUUUGAUCGUCUCUUUGCGAUCACAGGUUACCCAUUAGCGAGAUGGUUGUUGUCUAAUUUUUUUUUUACCCUCUUUAUUUGUGGUAUUCACCUGAACGAUCUAGUUUGAACUUCAGGUUAGAAUUUCUGAUUCUUAAUUAAAACUAUAAAAACAAAAAUAUCGUUCCAAUGAUGAAAUUC